AGAAAGAGAAACAAAGAAGAGAGGGGGUGGGCGAAGCAGAGUGAUGCAGGGAGCAGCAUCCAGUGCAUCACUGAAGCUUUUAUUACAGAGUCGCAGCCCAACUCUACACUGCUUUCCAGGCAGCACCAGCACUAACAAACAAAAGCAGCAAACAAUUCACCAAUCCUUGUGACCUGGCUGCUGUCCAUGUUGUGCUGGCAAACACAACCUACUUGGAGAUGUAUUAUUUUGCUAUAUCCAGAAUCCCGAGCACAUGGAUGCUGAAAAGGCAAGAAGUUUCAGGGACAAGAAUAACAUCUACUAGAUGUCGGAGCAUUUUGUGCUGAAGAAUAGCUGCUUAUCCUACCCUUGUCCUGUGCUUUAAGAGUUUAUCAAUGAAGAAAUCAUCUAGAGAGAAUUUGGGCUAUUUUCUGAAAAGCUAUUGACAUGACUUGAUUUGGAUUUCAGGUGGCUUGGAGAAGAAGUCAGUGACACAAAGCAGGGGUUCUAUAAUGACUCUCAAGCACCAAUACCAACAACAAAUAGGCAUUUAUACGAAUCGAGGAGAAUUCUCUACAACUGCAGUUUGUGUUCUGCUCCUUUAGGCAAGGUAACUUUGCACAUCAUUUCAAGAGCUACGAUUAAUAACAACUAAAGGAGGUGACUGAAAGCAUUUGUAUGGGAAUUGUUUUACUGGUCUGUCAGGAUCUUGAAGGGUUUGUUUCUUUGGGAUUCUCUUCACUUUAUUGGAUUUAACACUGGACGAACAUUAAGGCUGCUUGAGUUUAUGCUCUCUGUUUGACUUGGUCAUACUUUUCUAAACAGCAAGAUGAAGUCUGUUUUCUACAGUUGCUUCUUCAUUCUUCUUCCGUGGGUAUUGAUUGUUGUUAUUAUUAUUGAUAUUGACACCAGGAAACCUUCUACUUCCAACAGAGUACCUAGUGCACGCCACUAUUCUCCAUACUGGAAGCAUAGGAUUGGGCGGGCAGCUUUGAUGAGACCCCAGCCCAGUGACACCAGCAUGGCUUCAUGGACCCCUAACCAAGAACAGUUGACUAGCUCUGAUAAUCUGUGGGCAAAGAAUAAUACAAUACCUGUUAUAUAUGCCAUUACCCCUACUUACAGCAGACCUGUGCAGAAGGCAGAACUCACUCGCCUAGCCAACACAUUCCGUCAAGUCCCACGUUUACACUGGAUAGUAGUAGAGGACUCAGCACGUCCUACAGAUUUGGUCAGUCGCUUUUUGGCUGGGGCAGGUGUAAGGGCCACUCACUUGCAUGUGCAAACACCAAGGAGAUUUAAACGAACUGGUUUACCCCGAGCUACAGAACAGAGAAAUGCUGGAUUGGCUUGGCUUAGGCAGCAAUACCAACCCAAGACUCAUCUUCAUACCCAGCGCUCAGGAGUCCAGGCACCUGAAAAGCAGGAGUAUCCAGCAGGUGUUGUCUUCUUCGCAGAUGAUGAUAACACUUACAGUCUGGAGCUAUUCCAGGAGAUGCGCACAACUCAGAAAGUCUCAGUAUGGCCAGUAGGCCUUGUUGGUGGGCGACGGUAUGAACGUCCAUUAGUAGAAAAUGGAAAAGUUGUGGGUUGGUACACAGGAUGGCGAGCAGACAGACCAUUUGCCAUCGACAUGGCAGGAUUUGCUGUGAGUCUUCAAGUGAUCCUUUCAAGCCCCAAAGCGGUGUUCAAACGCCGAGGCUCUCAGCCAGGAAUGCAAGAAUCAGAUUUUUUAAAGCAGAUAACCACAGUACAAGAACUCGAGCCCAAAGCCAACAACUGCACAAAGGUUCUUGUGUGGCACACUCGAACAGAAAAGGUCAAUCUAGCGAAUGAGCCCAAGCAUCCUCAGGAUACAAUAAAAAUUGAGGUAUGAUCAUCAGAUACCAUUCCGUGGAGUCCCAGGGAAUGAUUUGCCCACGGAUG